AUGACCACCCAACCUCAACCCAAGACGUUUGGUUCUCCUCCUCCCUACUCGGAUUACACCGAAGUCGACCUCUUUGAGAAUGACCUCAACAGCGAAGAAAAGACGAGCGACGCCUUUAGCAAAGACACCGCGUAUUUAAUCGUCAGCGCCUUCAUUACGUGGGGCAUGGGCGCUGCUUAUACCGACUACACUUUCAAGGGCGUCGACAACGACUAUCGGAAGUACCUCUACUACGCUGUGGGAAUACCAAUGACCAUCGUCACAUUUGGCGUCAUUGCGUACAUGUUCGCUCUCUACGCUGGGCAGCGUUACCCAAACACAAGUAAACUAUUCCUCGCUAUCCCCGUCCCAUUCGUGUACGUGCUAUGCGUUUUCCCGAUAGCAACCUACAUACCUGUUGGACAGGUCCAGCUUGACACCCUCUUUUUUGGAUUGCCUACUGCGUGGACUGCGCUGCUAGUCAUCUACUUCGCCGUUCAACAUGUCUUUUCUCCGACGACUCGAGCGACCACACUCUAG